AUGCAUCAUUUGUUUAGAAGUGAUGAUAACAUUGCUUUAGAACAGCAGCAAUGGAUGUCUAUGCAUAUUAUAUUUGAUGAUUCUUUAUAUGCCGAAGACUCCCAACUACUGGUAAAGCAAGAUUGCAUCAUGGUGUCUUUGUAUUACAACACAAUGCAAAACUAUCUAAUCGUGACUCCUGACGUAAAUGACUUUGCGACGAACGCUUAUAGGGUUGUCACACAAAACGGCGCGUCCAAUUACCAGUACGGUUUGGAGAUAAUUUUGCCUGAAUCGGAAAGUGACGAAGAGCUGGUGUCUUUGUUGAACAAGCUGUACUUGAAAUGGGAGAAGAAACACAACGAUCUGAUGAAGUUCGCGGUGCCGCCUCCCGGACGGACGAAAAUAUACGUCGCGUUCGAGAUACUAACGGCCAGAGCUUUCGACGCGGACGACGUUUACGUCGAGUUCGAAAUUAGGGUACCGAAGAAUGUGAAAUGCGUAAGUCCUAUACGCGGCAGAACGCACGUUGCCAAAGCUCUGAUGAUCGAGGAAGUUCCUCAGUGGAGUUACGGACAGAUCAUCGAACUGGAGAUAGAAGCGGAUGAUGGAGUGGAUUCUCCUCCUCUUCGAAUAUUCUUCGAAGUCAUCUCAACUGACUGGUGGGGACGACACCGCACCGAGGGCUAUUGCUAUCUCCCUCUUCCGUUAAGCUCCGGCCAUUACACCGAACAGCUGUGCUGCUCUAGACCUGAAGAGACGAACAAAAUGCAAGCCGACAACAGACGCUUCUUCGUGGGUGGAUGCCAUUUGAUAAAGGACUUGGAGAUUCUGAUGAAGCCACAACUGCAGGGCGCACACUUCACGUUCACGGAGACGGGCAGCGUCGACGUUAGAUGGAGUACGGUAAGGCAACCGCAGGCUGGUAGUGCUCGUCCGAAGCCGGCUGCGAGCAGUUCAUCUUCGGACCUCCUGCAGGGGGCCGAGGUUGCGCUCAGGCAGUACAGUAAAGCUAGGGCCAGGCUGGCUGCCGCCACUAAGGAUCUCGCGGAUACAGACGGU